AUGGAGGCUGACCUUCACCAAAUUAUACGAUCCGAACAACCAUUAACCGAUGCGCAUUUUCAAUAUUUCAUAUAUCAAAUCUGUCGAGGACUAAAAUAUAUUCAUUCGGCUAAUGUCUUGCAUAGGGAUUUGAAGCCUGGAAAUCUAUUAGUAAAUGCAGAUUGUGAACUAAAGAUAUGUGAUUUUGGUCUAGCACGUGGGUUCUCUGAUUCACCAGAUCAUAAUGCUGGUUUCAUGACUGAAUAUGUCGCAACGAGGUGGUAUAGGGCACCCGAAAUUAUGUUGAGUUUUCAGAACUAUACAAAAGCUAUCGAUAUGUGGUCCGUUGGUUGCAUCUUUGCUGAAAUGUUGGGCGGGAAACCUUUAUUUAAGGGUCGAGAUUAUGUUGAUCAAUUAAACCAAAUUUUAGGAAUCUUGGGUACACCCGAUGAGGAAACUUUGAGAAGGGCUCAGAUUUAUAUUCGUAGUCUACCAAGAAUGCCAACAAUUCCCUUUUCUACACUUUAUCCAAAGGCAAAUCCUUUAGCUCUCGAUCUACUAGAGAAACUCUUGAAAUUUGAUCCCGCAACGAGGAUUACAGUGGAACAAGCACUGGCGCAUUCAUAUUUGGCAGCCUAUCAUGAUGAAGAGGAUGAGCCUGCUCAUGAACACAUGUUUGACUUUUCGUUUGAAUCUGUAGAUUUAAUAGAAGACAUGAAAAAAAUGAUUGCCCAAGAAAUUAUGUCCUUUAAAGCUUCAAAACAAGCCUUGGGUUUAAAUGGAGCACAACUGGGUCGUAAAGCAAGUUUAUCGGCUCCUGACCGUGACUCAUUAUCUCAACGUCAACAAAAUAAUAAUCGCAAUUCCAUAUAUGAAUAUGGUGCUGCUAGCCAACAUGCUGCUAUUCCUUCAGCAAGCAUGGAAGUGGAUGAGCAAUUAGAACAGGAGCUAGGCGGGUUUGUCAAUUAA